CCGUCGUUGCGGACGCCGUUCCGCGGCGUGUGCUCUACUUCCUGGUCCGGUGGCUUCGGGCCCGGUAAGCCAGACAUGAAGAUCACGAGGCAGAAACACGCCAAGAAGCAUCUUGGCUUCUUCCGCAACAACUUCGGAGUCCGCGAGCCGUACCAGAUCCUGCUGGACGGCACUUUCUGUCAGGCGGCACUGCGGGGCCGCAUCCAGCUGCGGGAGCAGCUGCCCCGCUACCUUAUGGGGGAGACGCAACUGUGCACCACCAGAUGCGUGUUAAAAGAGCUAGAAACAUUGGGAAAGGACUUAUAUGGGGCAAAGCUGAUUGCACAGAAAUGCCAGGUUCGAAAUUGUCCCCAUUUCAAGAAUGCAGUGAGUGGAUCAGAAUGCCUGCUUGCCAUGAUUGAAGAGGGAAAUCCUCAUCAUUAUUUUGUGGCAACACAGGACCAGAAUUUGUCAGUGAAAGUAAAGAAGAAGCCUGGAGUUCCUCUCAUGUUUAUUAUUCAGAACACAAUAGUCUUGGACAAACCUUCUGCCAAAACGAUUGCCUAUGUUAAGGCAAUAGAGUCUGGUCAGCUUGUCUCAGUUCAUGAGAAGCAAAGUAUCAAGCAACUCAAAGAGGAACAGGGUUUAGUGAAAAACCCUGAACAGAGAAGAAGAAAAAAGCGCAAGAAAACAGGUGGCCCCAAUCCUCUUAGUUGUUUGAAGAAAAAGAAAAAAACAAAUGACACAACAUCAUCUGCUUCUGAAAAGAAAAAAAAAAGGAAAAGAAUCCGGAACAGAGCUACCUCAAAAGUACUUUCUGAGAGGCAGAAUGCAGAGGGAGAAUGAAUCCUUUGGAUUCUUUAAGACAUUCAGAUGUGAAAAAUGAAUUUAUUUUUGACCACAAAGUAUUUAUAAUAAAAGACUAGUUUUGUAAAUGAGUUUUGAUCCAUAUGAUGUUUCCUCGAAUUAAUUUGUAAGAUAGAAAGAGCGGAUGGAUUUAGGUGUCAUGGAGUUCAUUUUUCUUAGUGGUUUCAGGGGAUUGUUUUUCAGUGUAAAAUUAUUGGGGCCAGUGUUUGGUACAGCAAGUUAAGCUGCUGCCUGUCAGGCCAGCAGCGUAUGAAUGCUGGUUUGAGUCCCUGCUGCUCUGCUUCCAAUCCAGUUCCCUGCUACUAUGCUUGAGAAAGCAGCAGAGGAUGGCCAGGUACUUCUGCCCCUGUUACCAACAUGGGAGACCUGGAUAGAGUUCUAGUCUCCUAGCUUCUUUGGCCUGGCCCAGCCCAGCCCUGGCCAUUUGCAGCCAUUUGGGAGUAAACCAGCAGAUGGAAGGGCUCUUUCUGUUUCUCCCUUUUUAAUUUUUCCUGUAACUCUGCCUUUCAAAUAAGUAAAGUAAAUGAACACAUAUUUUUAAUUUAUGGUUUCAUGUCUCCCUCUAAUUCCAGCCCCCAAUGUUAUAUUCAAAUAAUUAAAAAAAAAAAUCAAAUCAAAUAGUUGUCAAAGGGUUGUGAUUAAUAAGAGGCAUCCCCUCUUCCAUUUUUUUUUUUUUUUUUUUUGAUUUACUUAUUAGAAAGGCAGAGAGAGAGAAAGAAAGAGGUCUUCCAUCUGCUGGUUUACUUCCCAAAUGGCUGCAAUAGCUGGAACUGGGCCAUCUGAAGCCAGGAGUCAGGAGCUUCUUCUGGGCCUCCCACAUGGUGUAAGGACCUAAGGACUUGGGCCAUCCUCCACUGCCUUCCUAGGCCAUUACCGGACAGCUGCAUCAGAAGAGGAACAGCUAGGACUCUAACUGGUGCUCACGAGGGUUGCUGGUCACAGGUGGCAGCCCUACCUGCUUCGCCACAGCACUGGCCCUCAACUUCCUCUUUCAACUCUGAGUGGUUGUAGAAUUUAAAGGUACUUACAUUUUUUUUUUUUUUUUUUAGCAUUACGUAUCUUGUUAUGUUUCCCAAUAACCAUGUAAAGGACUUCAUGAUAAAAUUUCCACACGAUUAUAUCCAUUAGAUCAUGUCAGGUUCUGUCUUUCUGGGGGAUACAUCUUGAUCGCUAACAUCCUUGUAUGUGGACAUUUUUUUUUUCUGCUGAGCUUAUCCUCCAGCUAUCAGCUAUGUAUUUAUUGCCCUUAUCAGAUAAUUUUGUUCCUUUGAUAUCCUAGAUUCAUUGUUUUAGAUUUUUUUCUUUUGUUGCAGUAGAGUGUAGAGUGUGUAGCAAAUAAUAUUUUUGUGUUUGUAUCUCUACUGUCAUAUUUGUUAUAAUCCAGCAAAAUAUAUGAUUCUUGGUUGAAAAUCACUACCUUCUUUUGUUGACAAGAUACUGGGGGAAAAAAUCCCCUUUUCCUAACUUCAUUUGUCCAUUGGAUGAUUUUCAUUUAUUUAGAUGUGAAUUUUAACUGAAAUAA